CUCGAGGGGGACCAAAUCCACACUCCACUUGUCAUUCCUUGACUGGACUAGAUCGAUGGGGCGAGCCAGCAUGCGACUACAUACUAGCAGCACUAUUGCUGGCGCUCCUCUCAUCCCCACCUGCCCUGAAGCACUGCCUCUGAGCGGCCAUAGGGAAUAGCGGACGAGACUGGUCUCUGCUCAAGGACGUUCAUGGAUGCCCACAGCGGCUCACGGAGCUUUCGGCGCCCCGGAAGUCCGCCUCCGUCGGUGCCUGGCAAGGGCAAACCCGAGACCUCCGCAGGCGCAGUUGCUGGCCGCAAUGGUUUGCGGUCAGGAACGACCUCGUCUGCCCUGCCCUGACUGCGACGGUCCUCACUUUUUUCAACUACAUAAGCACGGCCAGAGUUCGUUCUUUUUUGACUUCCUUUCCAUACCUUAUAUCUCCACCACUCUCACCACUCGACUACCACUUCCACUCCACACCCACUCUUACCACUCACACAUCCCACAGCUACUCGCACCCACAACUACUCGCACCCACAACUACUCGCACUACUCCCUCGUCCUCACAUCAUAUUUGGACCUCACGUCGACAAUCAACACCGUACACGUAUACAUCUACUCACUCACCUCAAGGCACAACAUCGAUAGCCCUCCCCUUCAUACUGUCGUACACCUUGCUGGUACUGACAUUGAUACGACUUCGCACUCUUCCAAGGCUCACAGGUCUAAGACACUACGUAACACUAAUUGAAGCUAUAGAGGCCGUCUAUAUGCCUGCUGAGCGCUGUUCUCGCUUUGCCAAAGAUCUCAACACCGUCUACCAGUACACCUCUGACUAUCACAGCAACACCCCAGAGCACGUGCAAG